UCGGAUUUGUUUUUAAUAUGUGGAUAAGUAGGACGCUGUUAAAGUGUAUUCAAGUGAAAUCAAACAUAUUUUUAAAGAAUUGUCACGUUACAUACAUGUCACUUACUUUUACUUUAUAAUGUUUUUUUUUAUAAUUGUGUAAUGUUGACAUUUUGGUUUUACAUUGCGGUUUAAGAUUACUUUGUUAUUGAGAUAAUGACAAUAAUAUUCAACAGUGGCGUUGUAUUACUAAAUUAUUGUAAUUAUAUACAAGACGUUUUUGCCAAAGACAUUCUAAGUCGUUUCAUCUUCAUCAAAAAGUGUGCAUACCAAAAUGCGUUUCAUCAUAAUCACCACCGCUAUCCUCGCGAUAGCCCAGGCCAGGCCCGGUCUGCUCUUCGCGCAGCCCUACCAACCACUUGGAGUGGAAUACGUGUCGGGUACACCUUCAGUACACCCUCACCCCGCAGUGGAACUCAACGCUGCAAGCGAGGCCCUCCUACCACGAGGAUUACUCAAGUCCAGGGACUUUUACGAUAACCCCCACAUCGCUGCUGGUCUUGCUAAGGAGUCUUGGUUCACGAACAAGGAGAUGCAAGUCGUCGAACGUGAAGCGGAGAAGAUUCCAAGGGAGAGUAUUUACCAUAUUGUCAAGAGUGCCGGGUUUUUGGACAGGCAUUAAUCAAUAAACUGUUGAUGUGUUUAUCAUAUAUAGGUAUAUAUGUGUGCAAGUUUUGUAAGUGUUUGUGUAAAUAUGUAUAAAAAUAUGUUUAAAUUUUCAAGCGACGUCGGUGUCUUCCUGGCUCAGGGCGUCGGUGUUUGUCUCACCGGAUUCAACUAAAUACUGUAUAUUAUAUUGAGUGUUGUUCUGACCUCCUGAGUCCCUUUACUUGCUAACUUAAUGUUUCAUCAAUAUUAAUUUACCAAUUAUAAUAAAAAUGUAAUAUUUUUAGAUCAUAAAAUACAGUUAGACUUAAGUUAGUCGUCACCUUAAACUUUGUAAAUUUAUUUUCUUUCAAAUAGAUAGUAAUUUGUUUGUUUAAUGUGUAUAUUGGUUAAGAUUUUGUAAAUAGGUUUCAUCGUAAUUUAAACUACAAUUCUAAGUCAUGUAAGUCUUAAGUUAUGUAAUUUGUAUCGGUUUAUUUAUAAACAUGUUUUGUAAGCCAAUUAUUUAUGUAAAUAAUGUUAGUACGUAAAGGAGUGCCGGUUUAGCCUUAAAUUUAAUUAGGUUUAAGAAUUUAUAUAAAUCUGUGAUCUCGAACAAUAAGUACUUAGCGUAAGUUAUUGUUCAAUGUUUUUGUAAAUGAAUGUAAAUAAUAAAAUGUUUGCAUAU